AUGAGGGAUGAGCUCCGCGCGACCCUUACCCUCUACACCACCAUUCUCUUCUUUUACCGGCUUAUCCGCCCGCUCUCUUCAUCCACCUGGCGCCCUCGAUGACUAUUACCUUUCUCGGGAUUAUGCCCAUUUUAAUAAUCAGCGACUCUUGGCCUUCGAAUCGUUUCCAGCAUCUUAAUACCCCGGUUCAUAUUCUGCGUUACUCAAAGCGAGCGAUUUACUGCAGCGACCAGUAUCCCAAUUCCUUGUUCCCUUACUUGUAUUACAUUUCCAUACACGGCACUCUUCAGCGACGGCAUCUCCUUCGAAAAAGUCUCCUUUACCUCGGCGUUUGAUAGACAAGGAUGGGCCCAGGCAUGGAUACCAAAAUCGGACCUUUGUUUAACUAUUUCCACACUUUUCUCUUUCUUUCUCUCUCUCUCUCUCUCUCCUUCUCUCUUUUUCGGGACAGCAUAUCUGG